UAUACUACUUAAUUGUAAAUGAUUUUAUUAGAUAAAUAAUAGGAUGAUUUGUGAGAAAAUAAUGUAUAAGGAGUUAUAAUACUAAUGAACAAAUACUGAGUAAGUUUGUUGUUGAUAAAUAGGGAUUAUUAGUUAAAAGGAGGAUCUGUGAGUGAGUGAGUAAAGUGAAGGAUGAAGGAAGGGGAACAGCAACGAGUGCCUUUGAGGGAGAGAGCGGAGUGGUCAGAUGUUACUCCGCUUCCUCAAAACGACGGCCCUAACCCUGUCGUUCCGAUCCAGUACACGGAAGACUUUUCCCAAGUUAUGGAUUACUUUCGCGCCGUUUACCUCGCCGAUGAACGCUCCCCUCGCGCCCUCGCUCUCACCGCCGAAGCCGUUCAAUUCAACUCCGGCAACUACACUGUAUGUCAAGUUCGUAUUAAAUUCUUCCGAUUGCGUUUAUUUUUGUUUAUUUCGUCUUUGUUGCAGGUGUGGCAUUUCCGACGGUUGUUACUUGAGUCGCUAAAAGUUGACUUGAACGCUGAACUGGACUUUGUGGAGCGUAUGGCCGCUGGAAAUUCUAAAAAUUAUCAGAUGUGGCAUCAUAGACGAUGGGUUGCUGAGAAGUUAGGUCCAGAAGCUAGAAAAAAUGAGCUUGAGUUCACCAAAAAGAUACUGUCCGUUGAUGCCAAACAUUAUCAUGCAUGGUCUCAUAGACAGUGGGUUCUUCAAGCACUAGGAGGAUGGGAAGAUGAACUUAAUUAUUGCACAGAACUUCUUAAAGAAGACAUUUUUAACAAUUCCGCUUGGAAUCAGAGAUAUUUUGUCAUAACAAGGUCUCCUUUCUUGGGGGGCCUAAAAGCUAUGAGAGAGUCUGAAGUGCUUUACACCAUCGAAGCCAUUAUAGCCUACCCUGAAAAUGAAAGCUCGUGGAGAUAUCUACGAGGACUUUAUAAAGGUGAAACCACUUCAUGGGUAAAUGAUCCCCAAGUUUCUUCAGUAUGUUUAAAGAUUUUGAGAACUAAGAGUAACUACGUGUUUGCUCUUAGCACUAUUUUGGAUCUUAUAUGCUUUGGUUAUCUACCAAAUGAAGACUUUAGAGAUGCCAUUGACGCCUUAAAGACCGCAGAUAUGGAUAAGCAAAAUUUAGAUGAUAAUGAGAAAGGGGAACAGCAAAAUUUAAAUAUAGCUCAAAAUAUUUGUUCUAUCCUAGAACAAGUUGAUCCAAUUAGAACCAACUAUUGGAUUUGGCGCAAGAGCAGACUUCCUCUAUCAGCUUAGUAAUCAAAGUAAUUAAAGGACAAGUCUGUGUCAUGUGUACUUUAUACCUAGUUUAUUGAAAGUGGAUGCUUAUUUUUUUGUGAUGUUGUCAUUUUGCUGUUUGUGCAAAUGUCUUUUUGUCAUGUCAUUACUGGCAUAUGACUCUGAGUGUAAGGAUUGAAAGCCAAAUCUAGUACGGGCUAUGGAAAUAAUUUAAGUUUUUUUUUCCGUUGAAA